AUGCUGGAUUUUCUUGUGUUAGUUUUCUCCAGCAUUCUAUGUAUUGUUGCAAUGCGGAUCUCUUUGAUGGUGAAAACGCCUGCGAACAGUGGUAAUCGUAGGCUAGAAUCCCCAAUUAGGUGGCUCGGUGUACUAAUGGCAUUGUGCGGAAUGGCUGUAUUGCUGCAGGCCAUUGCUUUCUUCCGAUCAUCUUCCGAGCUUCAUCCUAUGGUCGUCGUCUAUAUGGCGCUUUACCAUAUGGCUUUAGCCAUUGGUCUUAUUGUCUUUCCUCUCUAUCAGAUUCUCUGCUCUGAAAAACUUGCAUCCCAUCCUUUCUCGCAAACAACUCUCCUGACAAUGUCCGUAGUCCGAUUCGUAGAAAUUCUAACUCAACUCGACUAUCGAGGGACUGGAGACGACCUCUCAUUAGCAUGGAAGGUCCAUCAAACCGCCGAUUUUAUUGCCCUAGGAAGUAAGUCAGUGCUCCUCUAUCACAAAACUGUGACUCAUGAAAAUUAG